GCAUUAUGUUUUUUGUUCUAUUUUUGACAAUUUUGCUGGUUUUACAAUACAUUCGUUUUAUGAUUGAUAAUUUUUUACCACUCUUUGACAUUUAUAAUUGGAUUUGAAUAUUAAUUCAGUGAAUUGCAUGAAACAUUUUUGGUCUUGGUACCUGUCCUUUUAUUUUUCCUCUUCCACCACCUUUACUCUAUAUGUUCUUCUCACCUCGUCCUGUUGUGUUUUGAUCACUUAUUAGAAAGAUAGUGAUAAAUUUGCGUUUUGAAUCCGGGACACGCACCCCGACCAGACCCGACCCAAAUGUCCGCGCUUGCAGGGACAGAAAGGGACACAUUCCAAGGUUUGCCCAUGGCUUUGGUUUGUGGAUUAUAAAUAGCAUAGCGCUGAGCUGGAUGAGAUUGAUGAGCAGUUGAUGAGCAAUUGAUCAGUGUGUUUAGAACAGCUUUGGGCAGAGUGAGUAGAUGGAUGAGCUGAUGGGUGAGAUGGAUUACAUUAAACGUGCAAAGAAAACGUUGCAAAAAUACGAGGAUUUGGACGAUUUGAAAAAUUCAGUGCUAUCUGGGGAAUACAAUCCAUUGAACGAAGAGAUAUUCAGCAGAGUAUUGUUAUGGAAAGCUGUCUUGUUGUUCAACUCGUUGGAUAUAUCGAGUUGGAGCAAGAUUUUGAGAGAUUCUAGAAAUGGGUAUAAGAAUUUGAAUCAACAAUUCCAACCACCAUACCAUAAAUUGUCAGAAGAGUCAGAAUACUAUUUGAGCAACAAUAAAAACAACAAUGAAAAUGUGGCAAAUGGUAGCAAUAUUAAUAAGAUCAACAACAUCAACAAGCCUCAAAAGUUGGUUAAGAAUGAAGUUGACAAAUUUGAUAAUCCAUUAAGCUCACUUACCAAUACUAAAGACAAGAGGCAAUUUUUACAGUUUAAGAACGAUUUAAUCACGUUAGAGACGAUUAUUAUCGAUGUUGAAAGAUUAUUCCCUGGGAUUACAAUUUUCAAUGAGUUAAAGUUGAAGAAAGAAUUGGUCGAGAUAUUAUAUGUCUGGUAUAAAUUGAACGAGAAUAUUGGGUACAAACAAGGCAUGCAUGAGAUUUGCGGAUUGAUUUAUUUGGUGUUGUAUAAAGAGUCUUCUAUGUUUGUGAGAGGUGAAGGUAAUGGAGAUCAAGAUAAUGGAGACCAAGAUAAUCAAGAUCAAAAUCAAGAUGAUGAUAAGAUUAUAAGAGAAGUUUUUAACCCGGAAUACUUGGUCUUUGAUACAUUUCAAAUUUUCAUUAAUAUAAUGAUUUAUCCGCAACAAUCAUUUUAUAUUGAAAAGAAUUUUCUUAAUUGCUGUUUUAAAUUCAAUGAAGAUUUAAAAGAGAUUGAUCCUAAUCUUUACUAUAUAUUGAUUAAGAAAUUAAAGAUUGAAUCGUCUAUAUGGUUAAUUCGAUAUUUAAGGUUGAUUUUAAUUCGAGAAUUUAAAUUGAAUUACGUUGGAGUAAUUUGGGAUAAUUUAAUAUCAUUUAAUUAUGACAUUACUAAAUUGUUGCCGUAUAUUAUUAUAAUGAUGUUGAUUAAAGUAAAAAAGGAGAUUAUAUUAGAAUGCGAGGAUUUUAGUGAAGUGUUAUCGUAUUUAUUACAUUAUCCAAUUGAUAGGUUGUUUAGCGAAGAUAAAGAAACCAAAGGUAUUAUUAAAUUAAAAAGUGAAGAGAAUGGGUAUAAUCGGUAUAGAAACUCCAAUGAUAUACUUGAAUUUAAGAUUGAUAAAGAAAAAAGUGAAAAGAUGACUGAGUUGGUUAAUGAUUCGAUAUUAAUAUUUAAUUCUAAACAGGAAUAUUUCGGGGAGAUUGGAAUUGCAUUGAAUGAGAAAUAUAAUCAUAAUCUACAGAAAAAAAUCAAUUUAUAUAAUGAUAACAGUGUUUUUACAAACGAAAAUAAGAAUAGAAAUAGAAAUAGAAAUAGAAAUAGAAAUAGAAAUAGAAAUAGAAAUAGAAAUGGAAAUAAUAAGAGUGGAAACCAUGGAAACCAUGAAGAGGCAAGUAAUCAUAACAAUCAUAAUAACACAGCUCUUGAUGAUAUUAGUGAUUUCAUUGAUAAUUUGACUAAUGGAACUAACGUUAAUAAUAAUAUUUAUCAAGAAUUGAGCAAAUCGGAAAAAGUGAUUAAAAGCAAUGGUAAUUUUGGCAACAGCUAUAAAAAUCUUAAUCAAAAAAUUGGGAACUUUCGACUUAGUAAUCCCCUUUCUAAAAGCGAGAAAGGACAGAGAAAUGGAUAUGAUAUCGAUUUGGAAAGAGUUAGAAUGGAAAACAAGUUACAAAAAAGAGUCCAACAAAUGCUCAAGAAGAAAAGCAGUCAAAAGAGCAAAAAUUAGGGUACAGAGUUAUUUUAUUAUUUAAAAAGAAGCCUAUUUCAAUGUGAUUUAAAUAAUUUACAGUCAUAUACAGUCAUUUACAGUCAUUUAAAUUUUAAUUUGAUUUAAUUCCAAUUCCAAUUCCAAUUCCAUUUUCAUUUCCAGUUCCAAUUCUAAUUCCAAUUUAAUUUCAUUUCAAUUUCAUUUCAUUUAUAACUCACUUGAAUUCACUAAAUUGAUUAAAACACAUGUUGGUCUUUUCAGUUCAUUUUCAUUUGUUUAACAAUGGAUAGCAUCAAACCAUGGAGGUCGUUUUGGCACUGGCUUGUCAUUUUUCUGUGCCAGCGCGGCGGGUGGCAAAGGCACAAAAUAGCAGCGAAGUUCCCUCACAGCGGUUCGGC